GCUUGCAGCUAGCUGAUUGCCUACACUGAGAUUGAGCUCAAGUUGAAUUAAGCAUCUAUCUGAAGAAGCUAGCUGAUGAUAUAUAGCUUUUGCUGCAUGCAUGCAUGCUUGCUUCGAUUUAUGCAGCUACUAGCAGCCUGAGUUCGAGACGAAUCGAUCGAAGCUAGCAGGCAAGUAGCUAGGUAGCUACAAGAAUUGAGCUGCAGUUAGCAGGUGGAAGCUUGAGAUCGAUCGGGGGCCGGCGAUGGAUCGGCAGCAGGAGGAGGCGGGAGAGUCUCCGUGUGUGCCGCCGGGGUUCAGGUUCCACCCGACGGAGGAGGAGCUGGUCGGCUACUACCUCGCCAGGAAGGUGGCCUCCCAGAAGAUCGACCUCGACAUCAUCCAGGAGCUCGAUCUCUACAGGAUAGAGCCAUGGGAUCUUCAAGAGCGGUGCAAGUACGGCGGGCAUGGCGGCGAUGAGCAGACGGAGUGGUACUUCUUCAGCUACAAGGACCGCAAGUACCCGAGCGGGACGAGGACGAACCGCGCGACGGCGGCGGGGUUCUGGAAAGCCACCGGCAGGGACAAGCCGGUGCUGUCGUCGUCGCCGUCGCCGUCGACAAGGGUGAUCGGGAUGAGGAAGACGCUGGUGUUCUACAAGGGCCGUGCCCCCAACGGCAGGAAGACCGACUGGAUUAUCCAUGAGUAUCGUCUCCAGUCCAACGAGCACGCGCCCACGCAGGAGGAAGGGUGGGUUGUGUGCCGCGCGUUUCAGAAGCCGAUGCCCAACCAGCAGCAGCACAGGCUGUCGUACGGCUGCAUCCCCGGCAGCUACGGCGGCGGCUACACCACCGUCCCCGACAACUACAGCUUGUUGCUGCAUCACGACAACCCUAGCUUCGCCGCCGCCUCGCGGCCAUUGAUGAGCGCUGCUGCUGCCACAGCUCUCUUUGCCACCAACGUCGUCGACCACAGCAACAUUCUGGGUAGCACGGACUCCAAGCUGCACUUCUCCGACAUGAUGCCUCCGCUCGAGAGCCCCACCGUCGACGGCGAAGGCUACGUCUCGCAGGCCAGCAGCUGCGUCGACGUUGAUCAGCACGCGGCCGCCGCCGGCAUCGUCGACUGGAACCUGCUCACCAGCUUGCUGCCGCCGCCGGCGCAGCUCUUCCACCAGCUGCCUUCGGCUUCCAGCUCCAAGAACAGCAACAAUAUUUCUUCAUCAGCUGGGACGUUCAUCGAUGACCGUGACUGAUCAUCGAUUAAGUCCACGUUAUCAAUUGACAAUUCAUUCGUCAUGCAUGAACUCUUUCUUACACACAUAUACGCACCACGAUCGAGUGUACUAGUACUAGUUAUAAUUACUCCAUAAUGUAUACAUUAAUUUGACUGGCCAUCAUCUGCAGGCAUGCAUAUAUAUAUGUGCUUAUUCCAUAUAUGUACACGGUUAUUGUUAGUUCAUUCUUAGCUACUAGUGUGCGUAUCUAUGGGUUGUUCGUCUUUUGACCUCAUUGCUGAGCAAGGUUUGUAACUGAUGAUGAUUAAGUUAGAUAGCAUUUAGGUGCUAUAUGUUCACAUCUGUACUAUCACUAUAUAUAUAUCUAUACAUCAUAUAUAUACAUAUAUAUCAUUGUCUACUUAUGUACUAUACG